UUUAUAUAGUUAAGUAUAUAUAUAUACACACUCGGAUUCCCCUCCGCAAACGGCAAUUGAAUCCGGACUCGACUUACGCGAACGGCAAUUGAAUCCGGACUCGACUUACGCGAACGGCAACAAAACCCAAGCAAAAGCCUCGGCCCUUUUUUCGUUGGAGGCUGACGAUGAGCAUUCUCCCCAAACAAAUUCCUUUGGCCCCACCCACGGAGGAGGACAUGUUAGGCACAGGAGUCCAUAUCAAGGAAGAGCUCAUUGAAGGUGCUUCGGAAGAGAUACAUUUGGAUAUCAAAGAAGAACCACAUGAUUAUGCAGAUGAAGCGAGGGAUGAAGCGAGCAAAGUGGAAGUGAAACAUGAAUUUCUUUUCUUUAAGGAUCUUCACGACCUCAGACAUGAAGCGAAGGAAAAAGACUCGUGUGAUUUUGCUGAGGAUUGCAGUGACAUUUUGUCAAGAGCACAAAUUGAGGCUGAAGAUUGUGGGAACAAGUGCUCAUCAGAUUGGGAUGAGGCAGCAUGUACGGAAAAUCAUAAGGAGGUUAUGCGCGGAAAAGCGGAUACGAAAUUGAAAUGUUUUAUAUGCGAAGUGUGUGGCAAAACAUUCUAUAGAAAAGCGUGUAUAAAGAUUCAUAUGAGAGUACACACAAAGGAGAAGCCAUACACCUGCGACAUUUGCAAUAAAAACUUCUCAGAUAAAUCUAACUUAGUAAACCACAUGAGAGUACAUACAAAGGAGAAGCCAUACAGCUGUGAGAUUUGCAGUAAGGACUUCUCAGAUAAAUCUAACCUAGUGAAACAUAUGAGGUUACAUACAAAGGAAAAGCCAUACAUCUGUGAGAUUUGCAAUAUGGCCUUCUCACAGAAUAGUGUCCGAGUGAUACACAUGAGAGUGCAUACAAAGGAGAAGCCAUACAGCUGCAAGAUUUGUAAUAAGGCAUUUCCAUCAAAGAGUGAACUAGUAAAGCAUAUCAGAGUACAUACUAAAGAGAAACCAUACAGCUGUGAGUUUUGCAAUAAGGGUUUCUCACAGAAAGCUAAUCUAGUGAGCCACAUAAGAGUACAUACAAAGGAGAAGCCAUACAACUGUGAGAUUUGUAAUAGGGCCUUUGCUUUGAAAAGUGGUUUAGUAAAGCACAUGAGAGUACAUACAAAGGAUAAGCUGUAAAUCAGAUGCAUCUUAGAUAUUAAAAGUUAUCUUUUUUCUGAUUUUUGUUGUGUAUGUUAUUCUUAAUAUGUAGUUUUGUCAAGUUUGAUCAAGUUUAACACAUUAUGACUUGUGUUUUAGUCUCCAUAGACUUUUUAUCCACAUGCACGUAUGCCUGCUGUCACUGACCAAGGGUGAUUAGAAGGAUGGCCAUGAAUGUUCACAAUGUUCAAAGAAGAUGCUCCUCCCCCUCAUCAAUAAAUUUAUAGAUGUGGAAGUCGUUGGCUGAUUUAUACACAAGUGUUCUGACUUCUAACAUAAUUUUAGAUCAAGAUUACAGGAGGAAAAUUCUUGUAUUUUAUAUAAAGUAGUAUAUAUAAUUUUGAUAUAUAUGAGUCAACAUGCAGAAACACACCUAUAUUUUCAUCUGUGUGUGUAUAUGAA